AUGCUUCGUCGUGGAAUUGUACUGCUUCAAUACGGGGCUCAAGGUGCCUCGUAUCCCAUCAACUCGGCCCCUCAAGAGCACCCUCCGGGAGCCAGUGCUUCUUCCCGCAUGAUGAUGCAGCGCUCGCAGAAAAUGCUGCUUGACCCUGCCUCUUUUAUUGAGCGCCCACCACGAAACACGUUUUUCAACAUUGUCCCGCAAGGCCAUGAAUACGUCGUGGAACGACUUGGUCGCUAUCACCGCACACUGGACUCUGGAUGGUGGGUGGUGGUACCCUUCAUCGAUAAGAUUCGCUACAACUACAAUGUGAAGGAGCAAGGUAUCGAAAUUCCCAACCAAUCAGCAAUCACAUCUGACAAUGUGAUGGUGGAGAUUGACGGCGUUCUCUUUCUCAAGAUCGUGGAUUCGUGUAAAGCCAGUUACAAUAUUGAGAACCCCGUGUUCAACUUGAUUAACUUGGCGCAAACAACAAUGCGCAGCGAGAUUGGGCGGAUGUCACUGGAUAGCCUCUUUAGGGAGCGUGCCAGUCUUAACCAAAGCACUGUGGAAGUGCUUCGUCGUGAAGCAAACGAGUGGGGUAUUGAGUGCAAACGCUACGAGAUCCGAGAUAUUGUGGUGAGCGAGCUGGUGCGCCGCUCAAUGGAUCUGCAGGCUGAGGCGGAGCGAAAAAAGCGCAAGCUCAUCCUAGAGAGCGAAGGUGAGUCUACCGCGACGAUCAACCGCGCUAACGGCAUGAAGAUUGCGCAGCAGUGCGUUGCAGACGCGGAGAAGUACACAGCAGAACGGCAGUCGGAGGGCGCUGCAGUGGCGAUCCGAGUAAAGGCAGCCGCGGUGUCCGACAACAUCUCCAUCGUCUCCGAUGCCAUUGAAAAGGCGAAGCACAGCAACGAGGCUAUCUCUCUCCGUGUGGCAGAAAGCUAUAUUGAGAAGUUUGGCGAACUGGCAAAAGAAUCCAACACAGUGGUGAUGUCUCAGCCAGUAAGUGAUCCUGCGACGUUUGCAACCCAAGCACUCUCCGUGUUCAACACUGUCGCCACCUCUGCGGGUAAGUGUUCGCCGCCAACCGGAAAGUAG